GUUCAUUGGAUUUCUGCAUUAAAUUACAUCAGCACAGUCAAGAGAAGAAUAUAGCAUGUGGGUGUUCAACAAAAUCACAUGAUUAGAGAGGAAAGAAUAAUACCAGAUAUAAUAACAAACAAUGAACAUGAAGGUCUUAAAUUAAGGAAGCUGUUGUCAUCAAACGAAUGUCAAUUCUCAAUACUUUGCACCCUGUAUGACAGCUGAUCCAAAAAGCUUGAGCUGUCUGAUUCCUAUUGGUUGUGAAGGAAAAGCAUGUCAUAUAAUGCAACCAUAAAUUGUAAGUAAAAAAUGAAAUCCCCAUAAAGAAAUACACCUGAUUGAAGCCACAACAUAUUCCUAAUGAAAAAAAGUAGGUUACUUUUAUUGUUUAUAAUAAUAAACCUUAACUGAUACCUGCCAAUGUGAGGUGUGCCUUAGUCCUCAGGAAAUGUACUUAGUGGAGUGCAUGGAUUUUAAUCAUUUCUAUCUGUCAGUGUUCUAUCUCAGAUUUACUGUCUGAAGGAUCUAUAUGAAGGGUACAUUUCCAAAGAAGGAAAUCUUCACUCAAAAGAAAUUUUCAACUUGUUUGCAGGAAAUGGAAACAGGAUCAAAGUUUUUGGACAAUGCAAUGAUAGGGGUUUCUCAUUCUCUUACUGCCUCUAACCAUCUUCAUGUGUUAAGAAGUGGGGAAAACUCAUCCAUAACAUCAUCUCAACAACUUCUUUCAUGUUCAAAUUCUACUUCAAUGAAAGAAGAGGCACCUUUAGCCACAUGGAUUAGUCAUAUCCCUGAAAAGUUCAAUGGCCCUCAAGACAUAAAAAAUGUGAGAGAGAGAAACCGAUCCAAUUCUAUCUUCCCAGCCUCGGGCACAAAAAACAGCUCCAUUCCUCUAAAUCUUUUGGAAACUCUCCCACCAUUGACUAUGGCACCAUGUUUUGAUGAGCCUGUUGCUUCUUUAGCCUCUUCUUCUGCCCCACCCAAUUUUCCAAACUUGACUUUGGUUUUGCAGGAACCCUCCAUGGUGUACUCAUCAUCAUCAAAUAUGAAAAGUGGUGAAGUCAUGUCUGUAACUUCUAACCCCACCUAUCAAGUUCCUCACUUUGGGCAAAACCAGCAUCAAGGAUGUAGUGAUGCACACAAAACGAACAAGAAUCUGAAGUCUUUCAACGAGAAUUGGUUGAGUAGCACUAGGACUCAGCCUAUGAAGUAUGGUGGAAGAGGCAAGCUGUUUAAAGGGGUGAGGCAGAGACACUGGGGGAAAUGGGUUGCGGAGAUUAGAUUACCAAGAAACAGGACAAGGGUUUGGCUAGGGACUUUUGACACAGCUGAAGAUGCUGCCAUUGCAUAUGACACAGCAGCAUACAUACUGAGAGGAGAAUAUGCACAGUUGAACUUCCCAGAUCUCAAGCAUGUAAUCCAGGCCAAUUCUCUGAAUGGAACCACUGCAGCACUUGUGGAGGCAAAACUACAAGCAAUAUCUCAAGGUGUUUCUUCUCACAGGAAGCCUACUGACUCACCAGCAGGCUUAAGCAACAAGCACACUGAUGAGAAUGGCAAAUUGAAAAGUACAAAUGACAAGAAUUCAACCAUGAAGGAGUGGCAGUUUGAUAAUACUGAGAAAAGCAAAAGUAUACACCAUGAUAUAUCAGAUGUGGAAACUUUUCAGUUAAGUAGAAUGCCCUCCUUAGACAUGGACAGUAUUUGGGAUGAACUUUUGGUCUCUAAUUCAUGAUCACUUUUUUUUUUUCUACUUUCAAAGCAUACAUAUAUAGUAGCCCUUGUUUUAUCUCAAUUAUGUUUCUCAUUUGUACCACAACUUCAACGUUAAACUCUUUACUUCAUUCUACAUGAUGCAGUUUAAAUACCACACUAAAUCAUCAGGUUAUAUUUUCCUGUAAUGAUCUAUAGAGAUGUAUUGAAACUAGUAUACUCCUUAAUACCCUUUGUUCA